CCAAGAAAAUUCUGAACAGUAGCUUCUUUUUCUAUACUAUAAUAUUUCUUCUAUUAAUACUUCGACUCUGCAUAUGUCUAAAAAGUGUGAACUAAGGGUACUUUCUUCAUCCCUUCACGAUCACUUGUAGCUUCUCUGCCAAUGGAAGAAGCUUAGUGGGUUCUUUCUGUACUUCCACUUCUUCAAAGCUGUUUCCAAACUAUUCCACAUAAGGGUUUUUACUUUUGUGGGGUUUCUUUAGUUUCUUGAACAAAAGUUUGGUUCUUGAAAAGUGAAGUACAUCAUGAGUUGUUGUUGUUGUUGAUCUUCUUGUUGUUAAAGAGUUAAGCUUUUGUUGUGUUUUGGUGUUUGACAAUGGAAGGUAUCUGCUUGGUGCAUUUAAUGAUAACGGUGCUUGGUCUGGGGUUGUUAGCAGGCUCUUUGUGUCAGGUUGAUGAUGGUUCCGCCAAUGAAACUACAGCUGUUUACAUUGUUACUCUUAAACAAGCUCCUGCUUCUCAUUACUAUGGAAAGCUUAGAAAGAAUACUAAUGUUUUCAAGCAUGGUGUUCCUAGAAAUCCAAAUCAAUUUCACAAUCGAAGGGAUAAUUCGAGAUCCAACUGGAGUUCUAGUUCAUAUGUUGCUCGAGUUCAUGAUUCAUUAUUGAGGAGGGUGUUGAGAGGGGAGAAGUAUCUCAAGCUGUACAGCUAUCACUACUUGAUUAAUGGGUUUGCUGUUCUUGUUACCCCGGAACAGGCCUCUAAGCUUUCGAGGAGGAGAGAAGUGGCAAAUGUGGCUUUGGAUUUCUCUGUUAGAACUGCAACCACACAUACUCCACAGUUCCUGGGCCUGCCACAAGGGGCUUGGGUCAAAGCAGGUGGAUAUGAAACUGCCGGUGAAGGAAUUGUGAUUGGCUUUGUUGAUACUGGCAUCGAUCCAACUCACCCCAGCUUCUCUGAUGACAUAUCUUUGAAAUCAUAUCCAGUCCCUAGCCAUUUUUCGGGCAUUUGUGAGGUUACUCGAGAUUUCCCUUCUGGUUCCUGCAAUAGGAAGCUCAUUGGGGCACGCCAUUUUGCAGCAUCUGCUAUCACCAGGGGAAUUUUCAAUUCAAGUCAGGACUAUGCUUCUCCAUUUGAUGGUGAUGGCCAUGGAACGCAUACUGCCUCUGUUGCUGCAGGAAACCAUGGGAUUCCAGUGAUAGUUGCCGGACAUUGUUUUGGGAAUGCCAGUGGGAUGGCUCCUCGUGCACAUAUCUCUGUUUACAAGGCAUUGUAUAAGAGUUUUGGAGGCUUCGCUGCUGAUGUUGUUGCUGCUAUAGAUCAGGCAGCUCAGGAUGGGGUUGAUGUUUUAAGUUUAUCUAUCACUCCCAACAGGCGUCCUCCUGGUAUUGCAACAUUCUUUAAUCCCAUAGACAUGGCGUUGCUCUCAGCUGUGAAGGCUGGCCUUUUUACUGUGCAAGCUGCCGGCAAUACUGGGCCAUCGCCUAAGAGCAUGUCUUCCUUCAGCCCAUGGAUCUUCACCGUUGGUGCGGCUUCUCAUGACAGAGUUUAUAGUAACUCUAUAAUACUCGGCAACAAUGUAACCAUUCAUGGAGUUGGACUUGCACCGGGAACAGAUGAAGACACCAUGUUGACCCUUGUUUCUGCACUUCAUGCCGUGAACAAUGAGACAACAGUCACUGCUGAUAUGUAUGUGGGUGAAUGUCAAGAUUCCAGUAGCUUCAAUCAGGAUUUUAUCGAAGGAAACCUCUUGAUCUGUAGUUAUUCAAUUCGAUUUGUGCUUGGACUUUCCACAAUCAAACAAGCUGUAGAAACAGCCAAAAACCUCAGUGCAGCUGGGGUGGUGUUCUACAUGGAUCCUUUUGUAAUUGGUUUCCAGUUUAAUCCAAUUCCAAUGAGUGUGCCUGGGAUCAUAAUUCCAUCCCCGGAUGAUUCCAAGGUUUUACUCCAAUACUACAAUUCUUCUUUGGAGAGGAACGAAACUACAAAGCAAAUUACUAAAUUUGGUGCUGUUGCAAGUAUUUUAGGUGGACUUAAAGCUAACUACUCCAAUUCUGCUCCCAAAGUCAUGUACUAUUCUGCAAGAGGACCAGAUCCAGAAGAUAGUUUUCUUGAUGAUGCUGACAUUUUGAAACCCAACUUGGUAGCCCCUGGAAAUUCAAUAUGGGCUGCAUGGAGUUCACUUGGCACGGACUCAGUUGAAUUUCAAGGUGAGAACUUUGCAAUGAUUUCUGGAACGAGUAUGGCUGCUCCUCAUAUUGCUGGGCUUGCUGCGCUGAUCAAGCAAAAAUUCCCCAGUUUCAGUCCUUCAGCAAUUGCCUCUGCACUUUCCUCAACUGCUUCUUUAUAUGACAAUAAUGGUGGGCCAAUAAUGGCUCAGCGUGCUUAUGCCAACCCAGAUCUAAAUCAGUCUCCAGCCACGCCAUUCGACAUGGGAAGUGGUUUUGUGAAUGCAACUGCUGCUAUUGAUCCGGGUUUGAUUUUCGAAUCCAAUUACGAUGACUAUAUGUCAUUUCUUUGUGGCAUUAACGGAUCUAGUCCUGUAGUCCUGAACUACACAGGACAAAAUUGUUUGUCUUAUAACUCAACCAUCAAUGGCACUGACCUGAAUCUUCCCUCCAUCACAAUCGCUAAACUAUAUCAGUCUAGAACGGUCAGAAGAUCUGUGACUAACAUUGCUGGUAAUGAAACGUAUAAAGUUGGUUGGAGUGCUCCAUAUGGAGUGACUGUAAAGGUGGUUCCAGCCCGCUUCUCUAUUGCCAGUGGGGAAAGGCAAGUCUUGAGUGUGUUCUUUGAUGCAAUAAUGAAUAGUUCUACUGCUAGCCAUGGAAGGAUAGGACUGUUUGGAGACCAGGGUCAUGUUCUCAACAUUCCAUUGUCUGUCAUUGUCAAAGUCACAUAUAAUACCACGACAAACAGCUGAGGACUGAGAGACUGGUGAGAUGUCUUCUGUAAUAUGCUUUUGUAGCUUUUUGAAGCAUUCCCUUCUGCUUGUGAGAUGUCUUUAACCAAUUUUUUGAUUCAUUCUUUAUCAUGUAAAUGUUAAAGCAUUUGCCAUAUGUUGAUAACAGUUGAUUAAUAAUUGUAUUUUGUAUUUUGUCUUCCUUGUUUAAGAUUAUGUAACUGGAUGUCUUGUCAGAAAUCUAGGUAAGUUCAUUAGCAAUCUGAUAAAGAAAAUUUAGAGA